UGUAAUUAGAAGACCAAGUCCAUCAGGAGCUGCAUACGCUGCAAAUAUAAACAUGCAAAUGUUGCCACACCAUCAUCAUUUUCAGGAAAAAGAGACUGUAUCAUUAAAACUCCCAUACAUACAAGACAUGAGCCGACAUCACAACUACAAGCUGGAUGUUGUAGAAAACCAACUGCGAAAGAUGAGCUUCGCCAGAGAGAGACGACAUCAUCCAGAGAGCGAUCGCAAGACCGAACCCAUUCAUGUGGAAGAGCAGAAUCAGUACGUUCCUUCGCGGAGAGAAUCCGACAGACUGUUCCCGCUAAAACCGGUGCUUCACAAGAGAGCGUACAGCCUGAGUAACAUCCCGAAACCCGAUCAUUACGCAACAUUGGCUGAGCAGGCCGCUCUCAGACACCAGCAGAAGAUGGUGAGGAAACUAGACGCUCGAGAUCAGCAUAUCACCGCACGAACAACGAGCCAUGAGAAGAAGAGCUCUGAAAAACACACAAGGCUGUCGGAGGAAAUCCACUCCAAGGAGAUGAUGCUCCAGCAGAAGAUCUUCAGGGCGGAGGAAACCGUGAGAAGAGUCCAGAGAGAGAGGAACAAGCGUUUUUUUGAAAAGCAAAUGGAUGACAGGUUGUACAGUGAUUGGUACGAGGGAACGGGCAGAUAUCAGAAUCCAAGAGAUGAUAUGGAGAGAUGGGAGAUUCGUGAUGCCAAACAGCAAACCAGAAGACAACUUCUGACCUCAAAAGAUCAAGAACCAAGAGAAUGGGAUGAGUAUACAGUAAAAGACUGGGAUUUGGAAAAGAUAAACAUGCGGAGAGAGAGAGAGAUGACGUUAAAUAAUCAUGUCAGGAGACGAAGAGAGAUGGACAGAGAAGAUGAGGAGCUGAGAAAAUCCACGAGAGGAGACGGAUCUCAGAGAAGACAUGAUAGAAGAGCUGAUGAAGAUGCCUUAGGUCAGCUCUCAUCCAGACGUCUGCAUGACAGAGAUCCUGGCGAGGAAAACGCAGAGCUGCUGAUUCCGUGUAGCGUGUGCCAGCGCUGCUUCGCACCAGAGCGCCUGGAGACACACAUGAGGGUGUGUGAGAAGAAACGGCCGCAGCGCAAGGUCUUCGACAUGUCUAAGUACAGAGCCAGAGGGACCGAGCUGGAGGAGUUCAUGAAGACCAACAGCAGGAGCAGAACGCCUGAGCGUAAGAAGAAUACAUGGCGUCAGAAACACGAGGCUUUCAUUCAGACCAUGCGUCAGGGUCGUUCCAGCACAUCUCAACAGCCAAACUCAAUAUCAGGUCUACACUCAGAAUACAUCACCUGUCCGCACUGUGGCCGUAAAUUUGCCCAGGGUCCAGCAGAGAGACACGUCCCGAAGUGCCAGAACAUCAAGAGCAGGCCAGCGCCUCCAAAACAACCGCACAACAGCGCCACCAGGAGGAGGACCACGCACUGACAGCAUUAAAAUUCAUCUCAUUUAGCUUUUACAAAACCGCUUUCACUAGAAAAGUACAUUAAAUACAAAUAAUU